GAUAAAAAUGGCUUCUAGGUUCCUUCCUCCAUUCCUGACCCAACGCACCAGGAGCAAGAUCGUCGUUGCUCCACAGAAGGAACCAACGUUGUGCUGCUGAAAUUCCUCCGAGCCAGGGAGUUCAAGGUCAACGAAGCUUUCGAGAUGCUGAAGAAGACCCUGCUGUGGAGGAAGGAGAACAACAUCGAUUCCAUCAUGGAAGAGGAUUUGGGCGAGGAUCUUGCCGCCGCCUUCUUCACCAACGGCGUCGACCGCGAGGGCCACCCUAUCUCGUACAACGCCUACGGGGUUUUCGAGAACCAGGAGCUCUACGCCAAGGCGUUUGGGGACGAAGAGAAGAGGAAGCAUUUCCUCAGGUGGAGGAUCCAGCAACUGGAGAAGGAGGUUCAGAAGCUUCAACUCAAGCCCGGCUGCGUCACUUCUCUGCUUCAGAUCAGCGAUCUCAAGAACUCUCCCUCGCCGUCCAAGAAGGAGCUACGCGUAGCCAUGAAGCAGGCUGUCGGGAUUCUGCAGGACAAUUACCCUGAAUUGGUCGCCAGAAACAUAUUCAUCAAUGUGCCCUUCUGGUACUACGCUUUCAACGCACUCCUUUCCCCAUUCUCGACCCAACGCACCAGGAGCACUGAUGAUGGUUCACUAGAACGUGAAUGCAAUGGUGAUUCUCUGAACCGCCGCCGAUUCCUCCUUCGCCGGGGAACCCAGAAGCCAUUUUUAUCCUCUUUUUUCUCUCUGUUCCCAGAGGGAAUUGCGAGAAGGGAUGUGGUGGCGGAGGAGGAAGCUACUCUUUCAAUAUGUGAUUAUAAUUAUUUUUUUUAUUUUACUUUAUUGUAAAAAUGAGUUGGAAAUGGU